AAUGGGGGCGCUGGAGCCGUCUGUCUGCCUGUCUCUGUCUGCCUGCCUGCCUGCCUGGCUGCCUGUCAACCGUCUUUGUUUCAAACUGAUCUGGCUUCUCUCUGGAGCACCCAAAGGUGGCCAACCAGCUCGCAGCCAUCACGCCCCCCUCGGGAGCCAGAAGAUGAAGCUCCCAUCAUCGGCCACUCGCUGAAGUCAGGCUUACCGCAAAGUGCCGCAAAGUGCUGCUUCACGCCCGCUCCGUCGAGCUGCACCUGCAAAAGCUCUUUCCUUUCCUUCUUCUUCUUCUUCUGCCCCCCCACUCGCACAUUCCAGCGGAUUGCAUCUGUGCUUUGUCCCCUUGAGGUCCAAGAUGGCGCUUCCUCGGCAUGCGGCCGGGCGACACAUCUUCUUGACUCUCUUCUUCUACUGUUUUGGCUUUGGUGCUUCCUCCUCUAUAGUUAACAUGCGGAGGGUUAACCAUCCUACUGUUCAGCGGGCGCUAGCAGGUGAAGCCGUGCUCCCCUGCAUCUUCACGCUGCCGAGCGGAUCGUCGGCACAGAGCGUCCGCCUCCUGUGGACUCUCGUCAGGCUUCCUGCAGGUGGACAAGACUCCCCUCUGGAGCAGGUUGUGCUGUCAGCUGAAGGUGACGUAAUCAAGGUGAAUAAGGCUUUCAGCGGCCGUGUCAAGCUGCCAGGAUACGCUGGCAGUCCCCUCAACGCUACCAUGGAGAUCUCCAGUCUGCGUACCAACGACUCAGGCACUUACCACUGUCAGGUUGUCAUGGGCAACGACUACGAGAGAGAUGCCGUGCCUCUGGUUGUCUUUGGCGUGGUGUUUCAUUACCAGGCUCCCAGCGCUCGAUACGCCCUCUCCUUUGCGGACGCCCAGCGAGCCUGCCAAGAGAACUCGGCUCAGAUGGCCACAUCGGCCCAAAUGUGGGCGGCCUAUUACGACGGCUUCGCCAGCUGUGCGGCCGGCUGGCUCGACGAUCAGACUGUCCGAUAUUCUGUCCAGUCAACUGAGCUGGACUGCUCUGGACAUAAGGAGUACUCUGCUGGAGUGCGGAAUUAUGGGAAAAGGGACCCCAAAGAGUUGUUUGAUGUCUACUGCUUUGCAAAAGAAUUGGAUGGCGAAGUCUUUCAUGCCUCAGUUCCUGGCAGGUUGUCGCUGUCUUCAGCCUCAGACCGCUGCGUGUCCCUGGGGGGCCAGCUGGCUACCGUGGGGCAGCUUUAUCUGGCCUGGAAGGCCGGCCUGGACAGCUGCGCCCCGGGUUGGCUCUCAGAUGGUAGCGUUCACUACCCGGUCAACCUCCCUCACCCAGACUGCGGAGGGAACAAACCAGGAGUCCACACUGUCACGUCGAACAACACGAGUGACAACACCACAGCGUUGUAUGAUGCAUACUGCUACAGAGGUAAAGUGGAGAGCACUGACACCAUCUCUCAGAUCUACACCUCCCUGUGGAAGCCCUGGAGCUACCUCACUGACUCGAGUACUCCGUCUUCAGGAAUGAAGAGCCCACCCAGCAUUAAUGCUAAAGGUGAUACUGACCAUUCUCCAUCCAACUGGACGGGACUGGUAGACCUUGAGGAGGACCUUCUUAGCGUCAACGCAUCCUCAGACCCUUGGUCCUCAGAGUCCUCCGACUCAUACGUGAGCCUUCAGAAAUUUCCGGGUCAAAGCAUCGACUGGGGAGAACCAUUUGAGCCCGACUCACCUGAAUUUCUCCGACCUCCUGCUGUUCCAACACCCGCUGAGAAGAAGCUCAUCUCGGGGAUUGUCGACUCUUUUUGGAAGCCUUGGAACUACCUAGUAGGGACCGGCGGCGGUGCUAGUGAGGACACGACUGGAACUCCCAAGGAAAGUAUGGAUGAAGAAAAUGUGAAGAAAAAGCACGAGAAGAAGGAGGAUGGAAGGAAUUUAGCCAUGACAACAUCACCAGGUUUCUUCUCUUGGGGAAGUUUCCUGUCCAGUGGUGCCCCCAAAGACACUGCGACCCCAGCCAAUGAAGAAUCAUCUACUCAUCUGACAUCCUCUCCUACCUCCGAUAAUCUUUCUACAACCGGGACAACCAUCAGUGAGGAGAGUCCACAGACACGUCUGUCCACCACCUCUGCCCCAGUCCCAGAAACAACUUCAUCUAGCGGGGAAACCUGGCUUCGUGUAGAUACCGAGACCACAACCCAGUCGGGUGACAAGAAGGAGAUCUCGGUCACGUCCCGACCCGGUUCCAGGAGAGGCCGAGGCAAGAAAAACAGAGGGGAGGAUAGGAGCAGAGGUGAAGACAAGGGAAGAGGAGAUGAUGAAGGGAGUGGAGUGAUUACUGCUGCGGAGGCCAAAGGCGAGAUUCAAGUCUCACGACGUCCAGUGGGGACCAGUAAACCAAGAGAAAGAUCCAGAUCCAGAGAAAGAGGUCACAGGAAAGGACAGACCACUACGACUACGGCGGCAACCACCACUCCCGAGCCCUCUGUGAUGUCCACAUCUCAGAUUGUGGACAUCUCGACAUCCGAUCUCCCGUCCACAGUUUCAACUGAAACGCAAUCCGCAUCUGUACGAGCAGACUUGGAGCCUUCGCCAUCCACAACUUCAUCCUUUUCAACCUCAGCUCCGAGCAUGUCUCCAUCCCCAGCCCAGUCUGGAACAUCUCUCUCCCCUUCUUCAGCUCAGACUAUCGGAUCAGACCCUCCUUCGUUUUCUCCCUCAGACAACCACACCACCUCCGAUAACCCCUUUGCACUGCUCGACUGGGUUCCGGUUGAGAGCGUGGUGGUUCUCAACGUCUCUCUGGACCCCCUUCCGGAAGAUGAGGAGCCUGCCUGGUCGCAAACCGUGGGCUCGGGGUCGCAGUUACCAGGCAACAUGGAGGAGGACAGCAGCAGGUUCAACGCCAGCACCGUCACGAUGGUCCCAGCUGUGGAGCCCUGCGUGACAAACCCAUGUCUGCAUGGAGGAAGGUGCCUUCCUCAGGGAACAGGCUACAGCUGCUACUGCCCACAAGGGUAUGCGGGGGAGAACUGUGAGAUUGAUGUCGAUGACUGCCAGUCGGAGCCGUGUGAAAAUGGAGGCACUUGCAUCGACAAGAUCGAUUCUUUCCUCUGCCUUUGCCUGCCCAGCUACGGAGGAGACACGUGCGAAAAAGACAUAGAAGGCUGUGAGCACGGCUGGAGGAAGUUCCAUGGCCAUUGCUACAGAUACUUCACCCACAGACACACGUGGGAGGACGCAGAGAAAGACUGCAGAGAGCACAGCGCCCACCUGAGCAGCGUGACCUCUGCCAAUGAGCAAGAUUUUAUCAAUGGUCUCGGUCAUGACAACGCCUGGGUGGGUCUAAACGACCGCACAGUGGAAGAUGAUUUUCAAUGGACUGAUAGCAAUGAACUGGUCUACGAGAACUGGCGGGAGAGCCAGCCAGAUAACUUUUUUGCAGGAGGCGAGGACUGUGUCGUGACCAUUGCUCAUGAAGAUGGUAAAUGGAACGACGUGCCCUGUAACUACAAUCUGCCCUACAUCUGCAAGAAGGGAACAGUAUUGUGCGGGACCCCGCCGGCUGUGGAAAACGCCCACCUGGUAGGUCGGCGAAGGUCACACUAUGACAUCCACGCGGUGGUACGCUACCAGUGCUCGGAGGGCUUCUACCAGCGCCACAUUCCCACCGCACGCUGCCGGGCUGACGGCAGCUGGGAGCGACCCAGGAUCAUCUGCACCAAAUCCCGCCGCUCCCACCGAUACCGACGCCAUCAUCGCAAAGAGCGCCGCGAGCGUCGCGGCCACAGGAGGCACGGCGAGGGCCGCAGGGCCAGAGAAGACGCGCGCAGCUACGAGUGAACCAAAUAACACGGCGCCUGAAAAGACGAGGUGCUACUGUGGCUCCAGUUUCCCGCAAGCAAAACAGUGAUUUCCUUGUUCUGCUUCUUACCGCUUUCUCCCUCCUGACGACUACGUGAGGUUUGAUUCCUAUCACACAGAGUUCAUCUCAUUAACUGCACCCAUUUUAGCUGUUUUGAUGCUUUCUUUCAAUUCUUAACCCCACCUCCUUUAACUAAGGUCCAACGCGAACACUAACUAGCUCUCAUACUCUCUAACCUUUCCGUACAGUGACCCCACCCGCCAUGUAAAAGAAGAAUAUUCUUGUUUUUGUUUGUGUAAUCGGAAAAUGGAUCAUCUGUUGUUCGGUUACAAAACACAGAUGUCAUUGAUGCAAGGUGAUCCUUUUUUUUUUUUUUUUUUUAGUGUGUGUGUGUGUGUGUGUGUGUGUGUGUGUGUGUGUGUGUGUGUGUGUGUGUACAUGCUGCAGUUGUUACUUGGUCCACAAGCACACGCAUAGCAGAUUUUGCUUUCUUCUAUCAACAUGCUUUUUCUAAUAUCUGCUCCAUUUUGUGUCAUGUUUUAUUUAUUACUUAGUGGAUGCUCUUCUGUUAUUUUGUACUUCUUUGGUGUAACAUUGUUUUUUAAUCCAGUAUUAUGUCAUACAAUCAGCCAGUAAUAACAUUAAUCAGUUGAUUGUCUCUAAUCUGAGUAUUGUACAUAUUGUGGUGUUUACUGGCUGAUCUUUAAUCAAUAGCUGGACCUUGUCCAAUCAGAUAAUGCGCCUCAAGCACUCUUUGUGACUCAAUGAGCGGCAUUGACAACUUGAUUGAUAGCGCGAACGGGAUUAUUUGAGUCCACUCACUCGUACCUAAAAUGCGUAAAACUCCCUUCAAUCAUUGCAUGGCAACAUUUUACUUGGUGGCUAGAAUGUGGAGAUUAUUUUUUUUCUUCUUGGUCUUCGAUAUUUGAAUUGUCAUCUACCUUUUUGGGGUGUUCUUAUGAUGUUUUUGUCCUGUUGUUGUUUCAUUCUUAAUAAAGAGAAAAUUAUACAG